AUGCUCAUCGGCUUGGCUGGGCCUGACUGCGCGGGCAGAAGCACCGUAGCCAAUUACUUGAUCGAGCAUCAUCGAUACAGACGAGUCUCCAUUGGUCAUGGUCCUCCCCAGGAUCUCAAUGUCAUGGGGCAGCAAUUGGUCGAUUCACAUCAGCUCAAAAGAGAAUGCAUGAGAAAGCAAGAGUAUGGCUAUACGACACGACCAAAAAGCUACUUUAAAACAGCUGAAGAGCUUUGUGAAUAUGCAACACUGCAUUGGCGCGAUGACAUGGUCACGACUGAUGUUCUGAAUAUCACAGAUUACCAGACUCUGUCGAAGCGCCCAUUCUUUCUGCUCGUCGGAGUGGAUGCACCUCUAGGCACUAGGCUAGCACGAUACAAUAACUAUGCGUUCUGUGCAGUAGACGCUCGAUAUGCUGAUAAAGAUGAUUUCAUCAAUUGGCAUGAGUCGUUCUACUCGAGCGGCGGGGCUGAAGUACUCAACUGUGCUUCUGUUCGCAUACUCAAUACAUUCAAGAGUGUCAAACUCUUCGAGGAACACAUCAAGUCGCUAGAUCUCGCGAAUCCAGACCGGCUCAGACCAUCAUGGGACACCUAUUUUAUGCGUCUCGCUUCUCUUGCAGCAAUGCGCUCAAAUUGCAUGAAACGUCGCGUCGGAUGUGUGCUUGUUCGUGGCAAGCGUGUCAUUGCCACAGGCUACAAUGGCACGCCGCGAGGCAUCACGAACUGUAACGAGGGCGGAUGUGAUCGCUGCAACAAGGCCACAAUCGGUGGUCAAGGCCUCGGAACGUGCUUGUGCUUGCAUGCUGAAGAGAAUGCGCUCCUGGAGUCUGGUCGCGAGCGUGUCGGCGUGGAUGCCACUUUGUACUGCAAUACAUGCCCGUGUCUGACGUGCAGUGUCAAAAUUGCUCAAGUUGGCGUCAAGGAAGUCGUCUUUCAUCAGAGUUACAGCAUGGAUGAACAGAGUGCAUUGAUAUUGAAGGAAGCAGGCGUUAUCCUGAGACAGUUUUCACCGCCUGACCAGACAUUCUGA